CAUCGUAACUACACGCAACCAUUCCACACAACAUCAUCACUCUUGCAACACAUACAGCUCAAUACAACCCACUAUUAUUAUUAUUAUUGUUAUUGUUAUUGUUACUAUUGUUACCACACUCAUAUAUACAUAUAUAUUUAUUAAAACAAUCCAAAUGGCUAAUGCGGCAAAAAAUAUCGGCAACUUGUGCUAUAUAUUACUAUAUUUAUAUAAAAACAAACUUUAAAAAAACGCAUUACCGGAGCUCUAAGUGUUUAAACAAACUUCUGUUCAUUCAAACAAAUUUUAAAAUUACAAACACCUGAAUUACAUCACAACCAUAAAAACAAAUCAACUCUUUCGAUAUUUAAAUUCAUUAUCGAUAUUUAAUAUUCGCGCUUAUCUAUAGAUUCAAAGUUCUUCUAAAAAAAAGUUAUCCUUGAAAUUAAAUAAUUUAAAUGUUUUGUAAAUUCGCGGGUGAUAAAUAAAAUUAUAUAAAGUGUAUAAAUAAUAUAUAUAGAUAUAUAAAUAUAUAUAUAUUUAUUUAUUUAUGAUGAAUAGUUUCAUAAAUUACUUAAAAGAACCAGAGCUGGUGGCGGAAAUUCAAAAAUUUUUUGGUGUCGAGUAUGAGGAAAAUUUGAAUUUGAAAAAAAAAAAUAUAAAUAAUGGGAGAAGUAAAAUAAAUUGUAAUGAAGAUACAAAUGGAUGUUUGUUGAGAAAUGAUAUAAAUUUAUGUGACAUAAGAGAUGAGAAAAAUAAAUAUUGUAAAAAUUUAUAUAAAGAUGACAAUUAUGAUGAUGAUGGACAUGAGAUAACCAAAGGUGAAAAGUUGACAAUAAUAAAUAAUUAUUAUUGGUACUAUUUGUUUUUGUUUAGUACUGAGCUUGGAGAUGAAAUUUUUUAUACGACGUUUAUACCCUUUAUGUUUUGGAACAUCGACGCGCUUGUUGGCCGCAGAGUUGUUCUAGUAUGGGGUAUUAUUAUGACAAUAGGUCAAGUACUGAAAGAUAUAAUACGGUGGCCUAGACCAGCAUGUCCACCAGCAAUAAGAUUACAGAACAAAUGGUCUCAGGAAUAUGGAAUGCCGUCAACACACGCGGCAAUAAGUGUCGCUAUUCCAUUUAGCAUAUUAAUAUUUACUAUCAAUCGUUACAGUUACUCUGUACCACUAGGAUUAAUAAUUGUUACUACAUGGUGUACGUUAAUUUGCCUAAGCCGUCUUUAUCUCGGCAUGCACACGGUACUAGAUAUUAUCGCGGGUUUGUUACUAGCGAUAGGACUCAUGAUUGUGCUGGUACCGAUAGUUAGAACUAUUGAUUAUUAUUUAGUAACUAAUUUCAUAGCUGUCGUGAUAUUUAUUAUCAUUUGUGUUCUUACUAUCGUGUAUUAUCCUUGCAGUGAUCGCUGGACUCCCACAAGAGGUGACUCUGCAAUGGUGGUAGCAGUGACGUCAGGAAUCCACUUUGGAGCCUGGCUCAACUACAAGACUGGACUAAUAUUACCUCUGAUAGAAUCACCGCCUUAUCAAAUUAAUUUACCGUCUUAUCAAACGCUCUUAGUAAUUUUAAUCAGAACAUUUCUAGGAUUUUCAAUUAUAGUACUAAGUAAAAUAAUAAUUAAAAAAAUAACUUACCGAGUAAUAUGCGGGCUAUUAAAUCUAGACGCCGAUGUAUUAAUGAAAAGUGAAAAUUCUUUGGAAAACCGGUGGAAAAUAAUCACCGACUUGACUUAUAAAUUUAUAUUUUGUUUUAUCUUCGGGGUUCUUACGAUUCAUUAUCUCCCGCAAUUAUUUUCGGCAAUGGGCAUUGGGCGCAAAGAAUUCUACUAUGAAUUUUAAGUUUACUCUUUUAUUAAUUAAUUUAAAUUAUUA